GCUGCCCGGCCGCUCGGGGCGGCGGCGGGGAUCCCCGGGAGCAGGGAGGCGGCUCCGGGACGGGCUUUCCCCCCUGCCGGACCUGACCCCAGCCCCGAUCAUGGCGAGCCGCCUGCCCCCCUGCGUCGUGGACGGCGGCACCGGGUACACAAAACUGGGUUAUGCCGGAAACACGGAGCCACAAUUCAUUAUCCCAUCAUGCAUUGCAGUAAGAGAAACAGCCAAAGUAGGUGACCAGGCGCAGAGGAGACUGGCCCAAGGCGUGGAUGAUCUAGAUUUUUUUAUUGGAGAUGAAGCUCUAAUUAAACCCACCUAUGCUACAAAGUGGCCUAUCCGGCAUGGCCUUGUGGAAGACUGGGAUCUUAUGGAAAGGUACAUGGAACACGUUAUUUUUAAGUAUCUUCGAGCUGAGCCAGAAGAUCACUAUUUUUUAAUGACAGAACCGCCACUGAACACACCUGAAAACAGAGAAUAUCUUGCAGAGAUCAUGUUUGAAUCUUUUAACAUACCGGGACUUUACAUUGCUGUGCAGGCAGUGCUAGCCUUAGCUGCAUCUUGGACUUCGCGACAAGCUGGGGACCGUACUUUAACAGGCACAGUUAUUGACAGUGGGGAUGGGGUGACCCAUGUCAUUCCAGUGGCAGAAGGUUACGUAAUCGGUAGCUGCAUCAAGCACAUCCCCAUUGCAGGUAGAGAUAUCACGUAUUUUAUUCAGCAACUCCUAAGGGAGAGAGAGACGGGAAUCCCUCCGGAGCAGUCACUGGAGACGGCGAAGGCUGUAAAAGAAAAGCACUGCUACAUUUGCCCUGACAUAGUAAAAGAAUUUGCAAAGUAUGAUGUCGAUCCUCACAAAUGGAUUAAGCAAUACACGGGAAUCAAUGCGAUCAGUAGAAACACAUUUACUAUCGAUGUCGGCUAUGAAAGAUUCCUGGGGCCAGAAGUCUUCUUUCAUCCAGAGUUUGCCAAUCCAGAUUUUAUGGACUCUAUUUCAGAUGUUGUUGAUGAAGUUAUACAGAACUGUCCCAUUGAUGUUCGGCGUCCUUUGUAUAAGAACAUGGUGCUUUCCGGGGGAUCUACAAUGUUCAGAGAUUUUGGUCGUCGGUUGCAGAGGGACUUGAAAAGAGUAGUUGAUGCUCGACUGAAAAUCAGCGAAGAGCUCAGUGGUGGUCGAAUAAAGCCCAAACCUGUUGAAGUUCAAGUGAUCAGUCAUCACAUGCAGCGCUAUGCAGUCUGGUUUGGUGGAUCUAUGCUCGCGUCAACGAGUUCUUUGAAGUGUGUCACACCAAGAAAGACUUCGAGGAAUAUGGCCCUAGCAUUUGCCGCCACAAUCCUGUUUUCGGAAUUAUGUCAUAAGGCUCGUGGUGCAGCGGCGCCUUCUCUGGGGUCUGAUGGAGAACCUGCUGCUGACACGGAGGAGAGAGACUUGGUGCAAACACCAAAACUCGGUGUGGUGUGGAUGCUCCCUUGCCUACGGCGUGCAUUAGAAUCAGGGACUUCAAAGACACAUACUGCCUAGAACUUAGUGAAGAGAAAUGGACUCAUCUUGACCAUUACAUUGUCUCCUUUCUUCAAGAUUAGCUUCUAGUAUGCAAAAUUCGCUUUUGCAGAAAGUGUGAAAGCAGGAACUGCCUAGAUCAGUGUUUCUCAACUUUGGCAACUUUAAGAUGCGUGGACUACAACUCCCAGAAUUCCCCAGCCAGCUUGCUGGCUGGGGAAUUCUGGGAGUUGUAGUCCACGCAUCUUAAAGUUGCCGAAGUUGAGAAACCAUGGCUAGAUAAACAGAUCCAGAUAAGAACCCAAAAUGUGGUGGUGUCUCCAAAUUCCUCCUGAAUUUGAUGUUGGUCUUAACCUUGCAGUGUAAUUGGCAAGGAGAAACCUCAGCCA